GCUCCCUCGGCAAGCUCCGCUGGAGGCACCGGAGGACGCGGCGCCCGCGCUCUGAUCCCUCCGAUUAAACCGUGCCUGGAGGGGAUUGCUUCUUAACAGGCUGCCGGAUGGACUCUCGCAGAGUAAUUUAAAAUCACCGAAUCGCUAUUUAUUAAUAUAAUGCUCUUAAAACUGAACGUACACUUAAUCCCCGGUGCCCUCGUAACGACUGGGAGGGGAGGGCGGCGUACGGGAAAGGGAAUAAGAAGAAGAGGGGAGCGGGCCCUGGUCUGAGCCGGGCAGGGACCAGCGGCCGGCUGGGAGCCCUGGGGAAGCCGCCGCACUGUCGCCUCCGGGCCCAGCCGCCCGCUCGCUGGUGACAGAGCCCAGUCUGCCCGGGGCAGGCCGAUCCUUGUGCACCGCAGAGCGGCACCGCACGGCUCCGCUCCGGCCGCACCCGCCCUGCUAGCGCCCCCUCCCUCAUCCACCCUCGCCCCAGCUCAGCAGGGAGGGCGGCGGCACCGCAGAGGCGCCCCGGCAGUGCCGGCAGGGCCCGGGCGGCGCAUCCCGUCCCUCCCCGGGGAGCCCCGCAGGAGGAGCAGGGCAGGGCAGGGGGAGCGCCCCGCGCCCCCGCCAGGUUCCACCUCCAUCGGCGAUGCUGCCAGCGCCGCGUCCGCCCCCAUGCCGGGAGGGUACCGCCGGGCUUUGCUGAGAUAAUUCUCUAAUGGACCAAUGAAAGCCAAUGAUGACAAGUUGUGGUCAACAGUCCUUGAAUGUGCUGAUGGUUCUGCUUUCAUUACUCUUGUCAGCAGUGUUGUCCGCACAUUUUCGGGUCUGCGAGCCAUACACGGACUACAAAGGUCGCUACCACUUUGGUUUUCACUGCCCCCGUCUUUCUGACAAUAAAUCUUACAUCUUUUGCUGUCACCAUAACAACACAGUGUUUAAAUAUUGCUGCAAUGAGACAGAAUUUCAAACUGUUAUGCAGAUGAACUUAACAGGGAAUGCAGAUGGAUAUAUGCAUAACAACUACAGCGCACUGUUGGGAGUGUGGAUCUAUGGCUUUUUUGUGGUGAUCUUACUGAUACUGGACCUUUUAUAUUACUCUUCAAUGAACUAUGAUAUUUGCAAAUUUUACCUGGCCCGCUGGGGAAUCAAUGGAAAGUGGAUGACACCGGGCCAGAGUCGAUGGAUUAACCCUGCUCAGGACCCAAGACAGACGCAGCCUCAGCCAGAGACACAGCCUCAAACUCAGCCCCAGCCUCGAACAUCACAGACAGUACACACUUUAAAAGGAGAUGCUUUAAGCCCACCCCUGGUGUCUUUUCAGAGUACAUCUGCCUGAAAAUUAUAUUGAUGUGCCUCAAGAUGGGAGAGGUAAGACCAGACUUCAAGGAGCAGCUUUCAAGAAAAUCUACUAAAUUACAAGAGCUGAAAAAAUUAUGGAUAAGUAGGAGAGAGAAAGACUACAAGAGGAAUAUUGAGCAAGUCACCUGAAGACAGACACCAUUCAAACAGCUUCUACAGGCAAAUGAUAUAGAAAGAGUCUCCAGGAGAAAGUAGUCUGUAAGCAAUAUUUAAAUUCUAGACUGACACUGUUAUCUCUGAAAGGAAGCAUCAUAUUUGUGAAAAUGCUCAAUAGGAAGAAAAUUAUGUUGCUCUGGCAAAUCCACACAAAGGUGGGAAAUGACCCACCUUUGACAAGACAAACCUUUGGUAGAUAACUUUUCUUUGCCUCCCCAUCCAUCAAUUGCCAUUUGAGCCUAAUCUCAGCCUAAGUGUCAGAAUCCUGAAUGUGAGUUUUUCCAAAGUUCUCUGGUUAACAUUUUGUCACAAUAGCGUAGAUGCUGGUAAUCCACAUCACUGUUAACCAUAUGGUCCUAUGCAUUGCAAAGGUAAGCAGAGCCCUUUCAUUGAGUCAGACUGCAGGCUAACUUCAACCAUAAUGCACAUUUUUAGAUCACUGGCAAUGACUCUGCUAAGACUAUCCAAGCCCAUCUUAAAUUUAGGUUCUUGAAGAGGGCAUCCUUUAUUAGGAUGUAACACCAUUCCACCCCCAUACUCCUGGAAGCUGAAAGCAAAACAGAAAAAACCCAACUAAUUGUUUAUUUCAAAAGCAAUAAUACAAUUGUCCCCCUCCUUUCUAAGGCAAUAGUCAAAUUCCCUCAGCCACUGCCUGACUGCAGAGUUUACCCCACACAAGUCUCAGAAUCCAUUUGUAAGCCAGAAGGGCAAUGACUUUGCCACAGAGGUAUGUGGAGCACUUGAUCACUGGGUUGCAGUAGGUUGACAACUUUCUACAGGGCAGGGUUAUUUUAAAAUCAUACAGUACCAAUUACAUGAGCAAUUCCUGUGAGAUUCAGUUAUUUAAGAUAUUUGCAUGGAGAACCUGGUAGUGACAAGCAAACAGAGGAGUUCAUCUGGAAAUCAUAACACAAAGCCAUGAUAAUGCCAGUUUAAUCCUUCAUGUCUAAUAUUUUGUCCUGCAAAUCUCAGUAAGUUUAAAAUAACCUUACAUUUUACCAUUAAACCACAACAUGAGGAACAACUUGUUAAUGAAUAAUCAAGCGUUACUUUUGUACCUCUUUGACUGAAUUAAUUUUAGUUUUCUAUUGAACUCAACGGGGACACUCUUCUCAGUGAUUUGAGUUAGUUCUUGGCUACUGGAAUUCAGGAUGGUAUGUGACUAAAACCAUGAAGGAAUAAAUAGACCCAGUAAGUCUGGACACCACAGGAGUGGAAGCCCAGUCUUCAAAUAAAGCCCAGUCUGAGUAGCAUGCCAACAUGCACAUGCCCCUUUUCUCUGUAAACCAACAACAUGCCAGGUAUCACUGAGUAGGGGCAGGCAUUGCCUAAAAGAACGAAUUCACAGGUGGGAGUGCUACCCUGCAGGCAUGAAACUCCAUCCUGUCCCAGGAAAGCUUGAAGCCUGGCCCACUCUCACUCAUCACAGAAGCUCCUGCACAUGCCCCCAGCUUGGAGAGACCUGAGGGAGCUGCCACAGUGCACUGGGGUGUUACACCUGUGUUACACCUUAGGAACUCUCCAAGAAAAGCAAAGCAAACCGAGUGGCUGGUGGUGAUGCCAUCCAUACCAACAUCAUGCUCCUCCACACUUCCCCAUUGGCUCCAAGAUCCAUAACCCCUGCAGACACCCAAAAAAGUAUCCACAGUAACCAGUGUGGCAUUCUGCAGUAACUGUUUGGUCCUUUUACUUCUCCCAGCACCUACUUUCGUUGUGAGGUGAUGACUGCCACAGAGAGCUUUUGAAAAAGCUUAUGUUCAUAGAGGAAUUUGUAUUAGAUACUGGUUUGUGUGACUUACUGUAUUUUGUAAGGGUUUUUUUCCCUUUGGGAAUUGUGCGUUAUUAAUGAGCAGUUUUAUGCUUUACUUCUAGUACACGUAUACCUUGUAAUGGAUGUGCUUUUUGUUAGUUUGUUUUCUUUUAUUCUCUGUACAGAGCCAGUAAAUAUAAGGUAGAUACUCUCUGGCUGAAAUUCUGAUUUUGCCUACCAAUUAAUUUAUGGAUAAAUCCAUGUUGUAGCUGGUGAAUAAUUUUUCAUCAAUUGUGUUGUUAUAAUCACCUGAUAGUCUCUCUACUUCAGCAGAAUAAAAGAUCCUGAAUAAGACUAAUGCUAAUUGGGCCUUAAAUUAAAGGGAAAUUGUGCACUACAUAUUUCCCUACCAUCAUUUCUAUCAGCCCUUCUUCCUUGCUGUUGGGACACUGGAGAAGAGCACUGGCUACACAAACAGCCACCUGAACACCUCAUCCACCUCUGUAGCUGUGCUCUGAUAUCCCUCUGCAUUUACUUGAUCAAAACUAUGGUGGAUCAGAUAAACUGCAAUGAAUUUUCAGUUAUUUCUGCAGAGAGAUUGGUUCAAAUGCAAUCCUUCUCUAAAAGAAAUUAUCUGGACUAAAAUUAUUGUAUUUUUCUCUGUGCCCAUUCGGAUAUGUUUGGAAAAAUAAGGGUUCUGAAAUUAACACUUUAAAAAGUGCAUACAUUAUACCUUGCAUGUGACAAUGGCAGCUGUCUAUCUCAGUGGCUGUUAGGGAGCUUCCUGCUCCGGAGGCCCCUUCCCCUGCCCAAAUAAUUUCCUCUCUUCUGUUUCACUGAUAGCUGUGUCCAACUUCUUAGUAAUUGCUGUGUAUAAUGUAGGACAUAAAAAGUUAGGUUAUAAAGCUUGUGCAGGACUUGGUGUUGUAAAUUUAACCAUCUUUCAUGCCUGGUUAUGGAUUUUACAAAAAACAGAGUGAAAAUAAUCUGGCCACUUAAUGUAUAAUUCAGCAUAUUGUAGCAGCUAUUUUAGACACCUAUUUUUUAUAGUUUUACUACAGCUGUAAUUUCUGUAUGAGGACUGCCCACUUGAAGAAGCAAUGAAGUUAACACGUCAAAAUGAUUUUUUAAAGUCUGUUCUAUUCCACUACCUGCGACUGUGUAUAAAAAGUAAAGCAACAAAAACAAAACCUCAACCACUGCUGGGAAGAAACACCUUUUCUCAGCUUCAAAAGUUCUCUUCUGUAAGACAGGCAUUUCUUCUAGUCCUCCUUUUACAAAAGUAGCAAAUUACUAAGAAAAUAGUAUAUAUACAGUACAAUAGUCUAUUUUGAUAGUCAGCAGACUAUUUUAGGCUAAUUAAGCUAACUAGAAAUUGUAGGGUUGCAGUGAUUUCUCUUUAUUGAUAAAUUGAUGAUAAUACUGUUUCCAUAUCUCUUGGUGUUUGAAAUCAAGACGUGCCAGGGUCCAGUGAUUUGCUAAUCUAGUUUCUGGUCUGAUCCUGUCCUAUUUUUUUGCAGCAUUCUCUAACUUCAUAUUAUGAAUCAUGUUGUCUUUCUAAAGUGAUUGCCAAGCAAACCAAAAAUGUGUUUUACACUGCUAUUGCACUGCUCUUGUCUUUAUAUACAGUAGUUUUUAUAAAGAUGUCCUUAGGUUUUAAUAAAUGAGUGUAACGUAAACUAAUCUCUGUAAUAAAACUUGCUUUAGUGUUUCAAA